CUGUAGUGACAUUUGUCAAAGUCAGCAAAAAUUGCUUCCCGUCACCCUAUUCUUUUCUUUGAUUGGGGAAUUAUUGGGAUAUUCAUGGAAAUAUUUUCCACCAUUAAAAUAAUAUAAAUUACCCUAUUCUUUCAAAAAAGAAUACUGGAUUCAGUAUAGUAAAUGCGGAAGUAUUAAAUACGCAACCAAAGUAGCUGUAUCAGUAGUGCGCGCCGGUGAAAUUUGUGAUCAUGGCGAAUCCGUCAUCAGGCGUUGUGGUACCACGGAACUUUCGUCUUCUAGAAGAACUUGAGCAAGGUCAGAAGGGAGUGGGCGAUGGAACGAUUUCUUGGGGACUGGAAAGCGAUGAUGAUAUGACUCUUACCCACUGGACUGGCAUGAUAAUUGGACCCCCUAGGACUCCAUAUGAAAAUAGGAUGUACUCACUUAAAGUUGAAUGUGGCACUCGGUACCCGGAUGAACCUCCAACUGCUAGAUUUAUCUCUAGGAUCAACAUGAAUUGUGUCAAUAGCCAGACUGGACUUGUGGAUAAUAGACAAGUGCCUAUUCUGGCGCGGUGGCAGCGUGACUACACCAUUAAGACAGUGCUGCAGGAGCUGCGGCGCCUCAUGACACUCAAGGAGAACAUGAAGCUCUCACAGCCCCCGGAGGGCAGUACCUUCUAGUUCCUCACUAACCGCGUCUCAACAUACAUACCCAAUCUACUCUGACACCACUCUUUACAUUUCAUAGGUUAAAUGUUUCAUAAGGAACCUUACCAAUGUGCUUAUCUUAAUAAUUAUGUUGUGUUUGAAGAGUCAAGUCAGAUUAUGCUAAGAGUUAUUCAUUCAGGUUCAGUGUUUUGUGCAUUUAUUUAAUAUGCUAUUUAAUUUACCUUCAUCAAGGUAGAUUGGGUGAAUAGAACUUCUAAGGAUCAUUUUUAAGAACCCCUUGGCUCUUAAAAACCCAUGUAACGGGUAACACCCAUUUAUUUAUCAUAUUACCUAAAUUAUUGUGGCCUUUAAAAAGUUAAACUUGCUUUGGUAUUGUUAAGGCUAGUUUUACCAUCUGUACUUUAGGUAUGUGAUUUUUAUUCCUUUGUUUAUGAACAGAGGAUAGACGAGGCGUAGUAAUACGAUAACUUCUUUUAUCACUGUUCAUUGAGGAAGGAAUGACCUAGACUUGCUUUUUUAUUCUCAUCUCGUAUUUAAAAUUAAUUAGUUUAAUUUCCCUUUUGGAAAAUAAUAUCUUGUAACAGGCAUUCUGCAGGAAGAAAUAGCAUUUUUUUCUUGUAAUUUUAACAUGAUCAAGUGUAAAAUAUUUAAGAAAAUGAUUUAUUUCUUAGGCACAUAAGAUAAAGUACUACUGGUUAAUUAUAAAGCUUUGCAUAUUUUAAAUAUUUCUUUAAAUAUACACGAGCAUUAUUGUAAUAGGUACCGGCGGCUGGACGGCGGGGCCCCGGUUGGCUGUCAGCUUGUGAACUUAAAUCCACACAUCCAAUUUAUCCACUAUUCAUGAAUUAAUUGUGACAACCAAAUGCUAAGUCAAAUUGUUUCAUAGCAUUAAUAUUUUUACCAAUGUAUAACUAGCAAAGGUAAAUAAAUCAAAACUGUCAUAUAUU